CUCCGCCCCUUCCUGCGGGACAUGGAGGCGGCGGGUGCGGGGCUGUCGGCGGCGUGGAGCGCACUCAGUGCCGCCCUGGUACCGCCCGCAGCGCUGGGGCUGGCAGCGGGGCGCUGUGACCCGGUUCGCCCACUGCAGGAUGCGGAGCUGCGGGCCGCCCUGGAGGUGCUGCGCUGUUACGGGCUGCACGCUGCGGUGGAGGAGUGGUUCCUCGAGGUGCUGCAGACCGACCUGCAGGCACACAUCGCCCCCGAGUUCUGGAACUGCGUCGGUCAAUAUGAGAACACGGCGGAGGAGCAGCAGUGCUCAGUGCUCCUCCUGGAUGCGUUUUGUCUCCUCAAGUGCCGCCUGGAGCCCUACCUGAGCAGCAUGGAGCUCCUGGAGGGAUGCACCAAGGCCGGGCUGCUCCUGGGGACGGGAGCUCAGACGCUGCGGGAGAAGGUGUACACCAUGUUCAAAGCCAUCCUGUUCUUCUCCACCACCAAACCCUUCCAGGAGAUGAUCCAGCAGUUCUACAGCCGCACCUUCCGGAUAUACAUGCGGCAGUGGAAGAAGGGAGAAGAGGGAAUGAAUGAGUGUGAGAGCAGCAUGAGUGAGGCCGAGCAGGAGAGUGACACGGAGGAGAGCGGAGGGGAGAGCGCGGUGUGUGCGGGCUGCGGCAGCAGGAGGGAGCAGUGCUGGUGCCCCACGGCCAUGGAGCGGUUCCGGCAGCUCAAUGACAUCCUCCGCCAGCUCAAUUUGCUGGAGAGGGUGAGUGCUGAUGCUGUGACCACCAUCCUGCACAGGAUGAUCAAGGAGAGGAUGGAGCGACGCUGCCGGGGUGAUUAUGAGCACUCCUUCCUGAACGAGUUCCAGGAGUGGAUCGAGAAGGUGCUGGGCUGGCUCAGCAGAGUGUUCCUGCAGGACGGUCCCUUGGCUCGCCCCUCUGCAGAAGCCAGCAGCACCCUGAAGCGCUGGCGCUGCCACGUCCAGAGGUUCUUCUACCGCAUCUACGCCGGCAUGUUGAUCGAAGAGCUGUUCAGCAUCAUUCGAGAUUUCCCGGAAUCAAAGCCUGCUGUGGAGGACCUCAAGUUCUGCCUGGAAAGGACAAACCUGAGGCAGCAGCUGCUCAGCUCCCUGAAAAGUGCUCUGGAAAUACGACUUCUGCAUCCCGGUGUCAACACAUCUGACAUCAUCACUUUAUAUAUCUCGGCCAUUAAAGCCCUGCGGGAGCUGGACCCCUCCAUGGUUAUCCUGGAGGUCGCCUGUGAGCCCAUCAGGAAGUACCUGAGGACACGGGAGGACACCGUGCGGCAGAUCGUGGCCGGUCUCACGGGGGAUGCUGAGGGCUCUGGGGAUCUGGCCAAUGAGCUCUCGAAAGCUGACCCAGUGACACUGGAGAAUGGCCAGGAGAGCGACGAUGACAUCUCAGAACCAGGGGACUGGGUCCCUGACCCAGUUGAUGCAGAUCCAGGGAAAUCAAGCUCCAAGCGCCGGUCCUCAGACAUCAUCAGCCUACUGGUGAGCAUCUAUGGCAGCAAGGACCUGUUUAUCAAUGAGUACCGCACGCUCCUGGCUGACCGGCUGCUCCAUCAGUUCAACUACAGUGCUGAGAGGGAAAUCCGCAACGUGGAGCUGCUCAAGCUGCGGUUUGGCGAAGCUCAGAUGCACUAUUGUGAAGUCAUGUUAAAGGACAUGGCUGACUCGCGACGCAUCAACGCCAACAUUCGUGAUGAGGAGGAGAAGCUCCCUGAGGAGGAGAGGCCGCCGUUCAGCCUCGUGGCUGUUAUCCUGUCCAGUGAGUUCUGGCCACCACUGAAGGAGGAGAAGCUGGAGCUCCCAGAGCAGGUCAAGGAAGCCAUGGAAGCCUAUUCCAAGAAAUACGAGAAAUUGAAGGCCAUGAGGACCCUGAACUGGAAGUACCACCUGGGGCUGGUGAGCCUGGAUGUGGAGCUGGCCGACCGCACGCUCUCCCUGUCCGUGUCCCCUGUGCACGCUGCCAUCAUCCUGCACUUCCAGAACAAGAGUACAUGGACACUGACAGAGCUGAGCGAGGUGCUCAAGGUGCCCGUGACAUCCCUGAAGCGUAAGAUGACGCUGUGGCUGCAGCAGGGAGUGCUGCGUGAGGAACCACCCGGCACCUUCACCGUCAUCGAGGAGGAGCAGAAGGACCAGGGGGAGAAGGUCGUCCUGAUAGACAGCGAUGAGGAGGGAGACUCGGCCAUGGCCUCGCAGGCUGACCAGAAAGAGGAAGAGCUGCAGCUGUUCUGGACCUACAUCCAGGCGAUGCUGACCAACCUGGAGAGCCUGUCCUUGGAGAGGAUCCACAGCAUGCUGAAGAUGUUUGUGAUGACGGGCCCUGUGGUCACAGAGAUCGACAUACAGGAGCUGCAGGGCUUCCUGCAGAAGAAGGUGCGGGACCAGCAGCUCAUCUACUCCGGAGGUGUCUAUCGCCUGCCCAAGAACUGCAACUAGGCUGUGAGUGCCUCGGUGUCACCCAGCUCUGCAUCCUGCUGGGUACGUUCUGUGCUGGGGGUGGUGCUGUGCCCCCUCUCAACAGCUCAGCAGCAGCGUGGGCUGCAGAGCCCUCAGAACAGCUGGGCUGGAGCUGCUGCCCACGUUACCUUCCUUUUGUAAAUGAGUGUCUGAUCCCCGUCAGUGGUCAAUAAAACCCAGCAGUGGUCUCUGGGUUGGUUCUCUCA